AAAUUAAGACAUUCAAUCUGAUUGGCCGGUCAAACACAGUCCUCUCAGUGAAGAGGAGAGAACAUAGAGAGAUUCAGCUCACUCAUAGCAGCAUCUGAAGUGACAUGGCACCUCCAACCUUUGCUCUGUGCUUCGCUUGUCUGAUUGUGGUGAAUAUUGCUCACACAACAGCUUUAAAGCAGUCAUCAUUACAUUUUCUAUCAGUUGAUGUUGGGGAAAGUGUGACCCUGUCAUGCUUUUGUCUCGAUGAGGUAUCACAAAGCUUUUACUGGUAUAAACAAACUGUAGGACGGAUGCCCAAGAUGGUGUCUUCAUUCACCAGUUAUAAUGCUAACAGCACUCUUCAUGAUGAAUUUAAGAAUCCACGUUUCUCAGUGGACACUGUUAAUCAUGAAUAUCAGCUGAAGAUUUCAGAUUUGCAAAUUUCAGACUCAGGUACUUACUACUGCAUAAAGAAAAGUUACAUUGUCUUUGAAUUUUGUGAGAGCACAACUAUAAAUGUGAAGGGUUCAGGUCUGAACAUCCCAGCUUUGGUCCAUCAGUCAGCAUCGAAGACCAUCCAGCCAGGAGGCUCUGUGACUCUGAACUGCACAGUACACACUGGGACCUGUGAUGGAGAACACAGUGUUUACUGGUUCAAAAACUCUGGAGAAUCUCAUCCAGGACUCAUUUACACCCAUGGAGGCAGGAAAGGUCAGUGUGAGAGGAGACCCAGCGCACAAACACACUCCUGUGCUUACAAUUUGACAAUGGAGAGCCUAAAUGUUUCUCAUGCUGGGACCUACUACUGUGCUGUUGCCUCAUGUGGACACAUACUGUUUGGAGACGCAACCAAGCUGGACUUUAAGUAUGAGGUGGACUCUCUUGUCUCUCUUGUGUAUAUCUUGAGUGCAGCUUUGUCAUUCACCAUCGUCCUGGUUGUGUUACUGGCUUUCACAGUGUACAAGUUUAGCAAAAGGAACUGCCAAUAUACAGAGUCUAAUGUGACAUUUUCAACAGCUUCUGCUCCAAAUGCAGCGGUGUGUCAAGAUGCAGAAAACCUUCAUUAUGCUGCUUUAGGUGACCUCAACGUCAACAGAUCCAGAAGACAGAGGAGCAACACCAAUAGUGAAUGUGUGUACUCCAGUGUAAAGCAGUAGACCCAGAUGUGUUUUUUUCCUUUUUCAAUUUGAUUCAAUCAAUUUAUUUAUUUUAUUACAUAUAAAGUCUUCCCUUGUAAUAAACUUGCAGUGAAAGAAAG